GCAAGGGGCUGAGAGCUCAAAGACGACUAGUUUGAUUUAACUUUACGAUGGAGAUUUGGGGGAAGCUCUUGGGAGUGCUACUAACCAUUGACAACGCUUCGCUGAUUACGGGGCCCCGGGAUGCCGUAGUUUCGAGCAUUGAGCAUGUUGCCGCCCCUAUAACAGAAACUUCUUCGGACCGAUUGCCUGUCCUUCUUUGGCAUGGAAUGGGAGACUCAUAUGAAUCUGCUUCGAUGCAAUGGGUUUCCGAUACAUUGCAAAAAGAGCAUCCCGAUUUGGACAUCUAUUCUAUUUACAUCGACAGAGAUGGAGGUAAGGACAAAGAGGCAUCAAUAUUGGGAGACGCCAUGACACAGUUAACAGACGUGUGUGAGCAGAUACAAAACAUCGAGUUUGACCCUAAGCAGGGAUUCAAUGCUAUAGGUUUUUCACAAGGAGGAUUAUUCCUCAGGGCGUUGGUACAGACUUGUGAUGUUAGGUUUCAUAAUCUCAUCUCAUUCGGCAGCCCCCAAAAUGGUAUCUCGGACUUACCACCCUGUCAACCGGGAAACAUUUUUUGUGAAAGGAGAAAUGCAUUGAUCAAAAGCAGAAUUUACACUGAUUAUAUUCAAAACAACAUUAUACAAGCUCAGUACUUUAGAGAUGUAAAUGAUUACGGAACGUAUCUCGAGAAGUCUGCGUUCUUGAAAUAUGUUAACAAUGAGCUUUUCAAAGACUUGAAAUACUACGACAGGUUUGUCAGCUUGAACAAGUUUGUGAUGGUGAUGUUUGAUAAGGACGAAAUGCUAGUUCCUAAAGAGUCUGCUUGGUUCUACGAUGAAGACCAAGAAACUGGCGACCUUAUCUCAUUCAACAAAACAGACUCUUACACCUUUGACCUCAUUGGUUUGAAAAGUUUGCACGAUGACGGCAAGAUUGAUUUCCUCAAAAUCGAUGACUUGCACUUAAAAAUUUCCGAAAAAGACUUAAUUUAUAUAGCUAAAACUUAUUUGUAAUACUUAUUCUGUCAGCAUUAAAUGUAUCUACUCACGAAUCAAACUCAAUGUCAGAGUCCAAAAACCCAAAUAUCUCCUUGUUUACUGCUUCUUCCAUGACUGAGGUCAUUGCAGUUGUGUCCUCUCCACUGCAACCGGUAUUAGUAUCUUCAGCAUCUCCUCCGCCGUGAUCUGCAUAAUGUGUUACUUGAUUAUUUUUGGAGUCAUGACUACUUGAAAGCGGAUAUAAUUUCCGAACAGGGAUUACU